UAAAACGUCAAACAAAGUCAACGGUUUUGUAUGACAGUCGUUUGAAAUGAAAAAAGAAACGUCUAUUGCUGUAAAUUUUGUUUAUUUGCAUUUGAUAUUAAUAAAUUGGUUAAUUAAUAGUGGUUAUUUUAAAACGCGAGGUGAAGUGUAAUACAAUGGAAGCAUCGACAGUGAAAAAUAAAUCGUUCACACAACCAAAACCUAUAGCGGAAUUGUUACCUGGUUUAAGUGGUAUACUGUCGAAGGAUGCUAUGGUGACGCUCACGGCGAAAAAGCAACCUCGCCCUACCAUGGUUCAGUCUCGUACUUCAGAGAAAAUAAUUAAACCACUGACUUUAGCAGAAAUGAGAGCUGAUAUUUUAGCAUUAAAACCACAUUCACCUCGAAGACUUACCCAGGCCAACUUACCUUCUGCCAAAAAAAGAGGAUGGAAUUCUUCAGUCAAGGUAGAAAAGAAGAUAACUCACAUAGCCGAAGGACAAUUGAAGAACAAUCCUGUUAGAAAAGUGCUUAAUUUCCAACCAAAACCAAAAAUAGUUCCAAAUGCGAGAAUAACUGUGCUGAAUGCUGAAACACCAAAAUUUCCUAAACCAGAGUUCAGGGCAAAGAAAUCUCUUCAUCAUCUACAAGCUAAAAAUAAUGUAAGAAUCAGUGGAAUUUGCAAUAUACCACAAACUCCACUUGAAAUAAAUAAGCCAACUAGAAAAACUAUGGCAAAUAAAGAAAACAAUCCUUACCAAGCAAGUUUGAUCAAGAAGGUAUUGGCUCCUCCCACACCAAAGUUCAAGAAGAUGGCCACUCCAAAGAUUGAUACACCUCUCUCAAAUUCAUCAUGGAAAUCUGGCAGUGAUGCUAGCUUUUUACAAAAAGAAAAAGAGAUUCAUGAUGUAGAAGAAAAAGUAAAGGCAAUAACAGAACAAACCCUUGAAAAUAUUGCUGAGGUGUCACCCCCCGUUUCUACUCCCUUCAAAGAGUACAGAAGUGUCCAAGAGUAUUUCAACAACUCCAGUUGCCUGGAGAAUUCUGCUCUUUACAAUGACAAUACAAUUAUGUGCUUUGACAAGCCUUCGGUCUGCAAUGGGAAUGACAAAAGAGAAGAGAGUGUUAUAGUGUCUCUGUGUGACUUGUUCAAUAAGGCAACUGUCACUAAUGCUGAUAAGUCAAAUACAGAAAUAGAUAAUUUGCUGGAAGUAGAAAAACAAUCUGAAAACAACAUAAAAUUGUUAGAAAAUGGUAUCAGAAUGUUAACAAGUAUUAAAGAGUCACAAAUCAAGUCUUUACAAAAUGUAAGGAAAUUAAUAGAAGAAAAAAGGAAUGGUCGAAAGAACUCUGAAAGUGACAAAGAUAAGACCCUGGUUGUGGAAUCAAAAAGCACAAAAGUUGAUACUGAUAAAACAUUGAGCCCAGAAAAAAGUCCCAUACUCAGCAGACCCUGUUCUGUAAUCAAAUCUGUUAAAUCACCUUCCUACAGAAUUCCGAAAAAAACUGCAUGCCUGCGAAAGAAAGUAAUUUGUAAGUCAAUGCCAAAUGUAUCAAGUGACAUUGUAACACCAGUUAAAGACUUUGAGGGAAGAGCUCUCAAUAUGUACAUGAAAAUGAAACAACAAAUGAACUUCCUAAGCACACCAAUGAUAAAUCGGUCAAUACUAGUUCCAGAUACUCCUGCUGUGACGUCUCACAAUCUACAGAAGCAGUUAGAUAAACUUUAUGGAAGCUAGAAACUAAUAAUUGAUAAAUCAAAAUGGAGUUUUAGAUAUUUUUAUGAUAAUUUAAAGAAAUAAUAAUAAUAUAUGUACAGAUGCAGUAGCAAUAAUUUUAAUGCCUAUGCAUUUUAGACUUGGAACCAGUGCUGCGGGAGAACAUUACACAUUUUUGUAAUAUAGUUCAGUAAUGGUAUACUAUAGUUUCUUAAUGAUGUUAUGAUAGGAGGCUUUAAUGAUUUUGGUUGUAUUAGAACCGCAUAGAUAUUGUAAAAAAAUAUACUGUAAUUAAUUAAAAUAUAUCCAGCGAGAAUGUAAUACAUAAAAGUUUUAAAAUAGA